GGAUUUAUUUCAGUAAGCCGAAGAAGAACGAACGAACAGCUUGGAAAACAUGGCGGCGCCUGAGAAAGACUCUAAACCUGGGAAACCUCCAAAGAAGGAAUCGCAGCCUUUAAUCAUCGCCAAAAAUCCUGCCGAGGAGCAGCGGCUCAAACUGGAGAAAUUAAUGCGCAACCCGGACAAACCGGCGCCGAUUCCAGAAAGACCGAAAGAGUGGAGUCCACGCGCCGCCCCGGAGUUCGUGCGUGACGUCAUGGGCUCCAGCGCCGGAGCAGGCAGCGGUGAAUUCCACGUCUACAGACACCUCAGGCGGCGCGAGUAUCAGAGACAAGACUUCCUGGAUCGGAUUUCUGACAAGCAAAAGCUGGAUGAAGACUAUCUGGAGAAAAUAAAGGAAAACCAGCAGGCUGCUGAGGAGAGGACCGCCAAGCGCAGGAAGAAGAGGGAGAAGCUCAAACAGAAAAAGCUGAUGGCUAAGAAAGCCAAACAGGAGAGCAAGAACCAAGCAGAGCCUGAUGAGGAGGAGGACGAGUCCUCGGCGAGCGAAAAGGAGGACGAGGAUGAGGAGGAAAAGAAUGACCGGGAGGACGACGCCGAGGAGCCCAGCUUUGUCAUGGGAAAGAGGUGACUUCUUAAGAAAGCGCCAUGGUCCUGAAUCCCAGAAGAGAUUCUUCAACACUGAAAUCAUGAAAUGGACAAACAGGACAAACCACAGAAAUUUACUGGACGUUAUUAUUGUGUUUCUUUGUAUUUUCUCGAAUGUUCUUUUUUUCUUUCUUUUUUUUCUUGAACUGUAUUUACUAUGUUUUUUAAUAAACAUCACAAAAACAACA